CUCUUCACCGUCAAAUCUUUACUGAUCGCUGCUCCGAUUCAGGUGAAGUAACAGAAUUAGGGUGUUGUUUCUUUUUUUUUAUCCUGAAUAAAUGGGGAAAAGAAAGUCAAGGGCAAAGCCACCGCCUAAGAAGAGAAUGGACAAGCUUGAUACUGUUUUCAGUUGCCCCUUUUGCAACCAUGGAACCGGUGUCGAAUGCCGCCUUGAUACGAAGAACUUGAUUGGUGAGGCUGUGUGUAGGAUUUGUCAGGAGAGCUUCAGCACCACCAUCACAGCUUUAACUGAACCUAUAGACAUAUAUAGUGAAUGGAUUGAUGAAUGUGAACGGGUCAACAACUAUGAAGAUGAUGAUGCUUAGAAAGCAAUGGGAUGCUUAUGCUUUUGCUGCACUGUUGGAAGAAAGGGCCAUGACAUUAAUGUUUAGUUUGACAUCCUCACUUCAAUGGAACAGGAUUUUGUUUAUGGGAAUGGCUGUGCUUGCAUUCUACUGUAUCAUAUGCUGCAUCUAUAGUUUUUUGUGAUGGACAAUUAAAAUUGUAUGUAUAAUGCACUGUUUUCCUACUAACAAUUCCACUCCUUAACAAAUUUAAUUGGAGAUCAAGAUGGAAUCAUUUUUUAA